UGAAGUGCUGUUCUGCGCCGUGUCCGGCAGAGGGCGCAGCAGCAUCCCAGCGGGGACUGUCAGUACUAGGACACUGGUCUGUGCCACACGUGCUCUGUGCCCGGCCUCCUCUCUCCAUUUUGCCCACCAUCGCCUGCACAGAGACAUCAUGCCCAUCUUCGAUCUGUUUACCAAUGUGGCCCGGGACGCGAUCCCCGAUAACCUUCUGUGCAGCCUGACCGAGCAGCUCGCCAAGGCCACCGGCAAGCCAGCAGAGUACAUCGCUGUGCAUAUUCUGCCUGACCAGCUAAUGAGUUUUGGGGGCUCAACAGAACCAUGUGCUCUUUGUAGCCUGAAGAGCAUUGGCAAGAUUGGAGGUCAACAAAACAAGAAUUACACCAAGUUGCUGAGUGAUACGCUAAAUAAAGAACUGCAUGUACCCGCUGACAGGGUUUACUUCAAUUUUGUGGACUUAAAUCCUGCUAAUGUGGGCUGGAACAAAUCUAUCUUUGGGUAACGUUUUCACUCAAAAUUGAUGAACAGAUGAAUCAACAACCGCAGUUUAAAACCAUGUCUACAAUGUAAUACAUUCCAUGUUAAAUAAACAUCUUAAUGAAAUAA